AUGUCUGGGGUGGAGGUGCUGGGCUCCCAGGAACCCGAAGGCACUGGGACAUGCAUGGAGGAUGUCCCCUCCAUUAAGGAAAUUGAGCAGCUCCUGAACACUGGGCGGCCCUCUUGCAACCAUGUUGAUGAAGUAUGGCCUAAUCUCUUCUUAGGAGACCUAGUAACAGCUCACAACAGAUUUGUUCUCUGGAAGAUGGGUGUGACCCAUGUUUUAAAUGCUGCUCAUGGCACAUCAUACAGCCACGGAGGCCAGGACUUCUAUGGAGCCACCAUUGAUUAUUACGGUGUACCAGCCCAUGACCUCCCAAGCUUUGAUAUAAGCCAGUUCUUUUUCUCUGCAGCACAAUUUAUCCAUAAUGCCUUGAACACACCAGGAGCUAAAAUUUUGGUCCAUUGUGCAGUUGGAGUAAGCAGGUCAGCUUCCCUCGUCCUGGCAUACCUCAUGAUAAAUCACCACCUCCCGUUGGUUGAAGCCAUCAAAACAGUGAAAGAACAUCGAUGGAUUUCACCCAAUCGUGGCUUUCUGAAACACCUGCGAAAUUUGGACGUUCAGCUACGGCAAAAGAAGGACUGCUGAAAGAGCAAAACCAUUUACAUUCACUUCUCUCAGUUUCAACCUUCAUAGUCGUUGUGCACAUACAGCUU